AUGCCAAUCCGCAAUCGUCCGGCCCGCUGGGCGGUGGCGACAGCUCUCGACACGUGGGCCAUCAACCACAAGCGCAUUCACUUCGAGGACGUCUCCGAGGCGUGCUGGGAGGAAUGGGAGGCGGCAGGGCGGCAGGGCGCCGCGUGUGGUAACGCCGAGCUCUUUCUGACCACCGACCGCCUGCACGAGGGAGGGCUUUUCGAGGAGAGGUAUGCCGCGAUCGUGCAGAGGGGCAGAGCGGGCCAUAUGCCGACGGUGCUCACGUCGGGGACAACGCUGCAGCAGCGGAACGGCAUUGGGCGGUCUGAGGUGGUGCUCAGCUCACAGCUAUGCUGGUACCUGGACGCCGCCUUCUGCCACCGCUUCCACGCGAGCGACGGCGGCGAGUGGUCCGAGCUGACAACCAUGCACGUUGUGGUGGUUUCAGUGUGCAGCCUGAGCAGCAUCGUCCUCGGCUGCCUGUGCUGCCUGUGCCUGCUGCCUAUCUGCACGGCCACGGCGUCGCGCCGAGACGACGAGCCCCUCUCCCGGCCUCCAGUGGGUUCGACGCGCUGCGACGCGGCCCUCCGCGCCUUUGCGCGACUGCCACUCAUCAGCCUUCUCGUCGCCAUCUACUGCCUCGCCGCGGCGCCCGUCUUUUACGUCUUUGUCUUUCUGCCCUGCUGGGACUGCUACGAUUUUACAGCCACAGUCGCACACGAGGCGGGCCAUAUCCUCGGCUUUGACCAUCCCGACGAGUUCCCGCGCCUCAACUUGCGCGCCAAGGCGAGCGUGCAUCUCGGGGCGCCCGAGACAUGCCACAGGCCUCUCACACCCGCAAACAUCGAGCUCGAAGCGCCGCUGAAAGGUGCAGCCGGCUCCAUCAUGCUCUCAAUGACACAGCACAGAGCGCGCACAUGCCUGAGCGAGGACGACCUCCAAGGCCUCAACUUUCUGUACCCAUCAUGCGACGACCCGCUCGGCCGCGGAAACGCGCUGCAGGCGCCGCGCCCGAUACCCUUGCCUCUCCUUUCCACUCCCGUGACCUCCUUUCCGCGUCUUACCUGA